AUGCGCUUAACAGUUCUUUUGCUACUCGUUCAGAUCGAUAUAAUAAGUUCCUAUCGAUAUCAGAGAAAUCGUAAUGUUCUUGAUGAUGGGAUCAUUUGCACGAAAUCACUAUCUUGCGGGGAAAGACAAAGGGUUUACUUCGAGCAAAUGCGUCAAUCGGUUCCACAAAUCGAAGCGCUGAAACGUUUGGAAAUGAUUCGGUUGAAAGAUAGGGAUGUUCUACAAUUGCUUCAAUUGCGAGAGGAGCUUUGUGAAAAUGAUCUCGCAUUAGGAUUUAUCUUCAAGAAUUGGACCGGCGAUGAUCGAGCGUAUUGUGUCUGGAGUGGUGGCGGUUGGAGAUCAACGUGUGUACUCGGGCCAGAAAAUCUCUCGUCAACUUUCCCUUCAUCGAUCGCCCAUUCGAUCGACGACGACGCUUCCAUUGAUGUUGUUUUACCUUUCGCAUGGACUCGACUAAUUCGUGACGCAAAGAACAGAUUGGGUUGUUCUGGAUACAACAAGAGAUUGGAGAAAGAGUAUCGACCCAAACAGAUGGAGAUCUUCGUGUGUUCGAAGCGUUGCAUAUCUCUCGGCAUUGAUCCAUUCAUCGCUCCCUUCAUGUGGCUGCUCACAUUGUUAACGUUUAUGCUCAUGCUCUCCAAUCCACAAUGGGCCGGCCGAGCUUUGGAGCAACAUGAGGAAAUCGUGCAUAUU